UGAAAGAUGUUGCUUAUGAUUUUGAUGACCUGCUGUAUCGGCUGGAAGCUGAGAAAUACAAGGUGGACAUGGAUGGUAACAAGCAUGAUAUGGCUAGCUGGUUCUGUGCAAAACCGAAGUCCGCGCUGUCCCGACUCGAGAUGGCCCAGGAGAUCAAGAAAAUCAAGAAGAGGUUUGCUGAGAUUGUGAAGCAGAGAACUGAUGUCAAUGCAAUAACAAAUAGUUUAGUUGCCGAGCAUCCUCUUCGACAUGUAAACAAGACAAUCGGGGAGAUGUCAAUAUUGGUCAAUAUAGAUGAGACAAAGGUAUUUGGUAGGGAUGAGGUCAGGCAUAAGAUCGUAUCUAAGCUAGUAAACUCUAAUACCCAAGAGAAGAUCUCGGUAAUUUCUAUCGUUGGACUAGGUGGGUCCGGCAAAACUACCCUGGCUAAAUACAUCUGCCAGGAUAACAAGAUAAUGGAGCAUUUUGAAUCUACUUGGUGGAUUCAUGUGUCUAAAGAAUCUGAUGUGGAGAAGCUCAUUGGAAAGCUUUUCGAAUCUGUCGCUAAUGAGAAAUCGGAGCUUCAUACCUUGCAGCACAUGAGCAGAAUAAUUUCAGAAAGGUUGAGCGAAACGAAGUUUCUGCUUGUCUUCGAUGACGUUUGGAAUGGGGACCAACACGAGUGGGAGCAGUUUGAGCAACAUUUCAACAGAGGUGCACCUGGAAGCAAAAUUUUGCUCACUACUCGUGAUGGAAAAGUUGCUGAAGUGGUAAAAUCUGCAGAAAUAUUCAAUUUGGCCUUCUUAUCAGAUGGUGACAGCUGGAAGUUGUGUCAACAGAGUUCUGGAUGGGCCGAGGAAGGUUUAGACUCCGAGUUCAUAGAAGUUGGAAAAGAAAUUGUGAAGAAAUGUGCUGGGGUGCCAAUAGCAAUUAAAUCUCUGGGGGGUGUCCUCCGUAACAAGAGACACAUAAGGGAAUGGAGGGCUUUGAGAGAUAGUGAUUUACUGAAUGACUUGGAUAUAAAAGACAGAGUUUUGGGGUCCUUGAGAUUGAGCUAUUUUCAUCUGUCAGAUAAUCUUAAGCAGUGUUUUUUGCUUUGCUCUAUAUUUCCAAAAGGCUACUUUAUCUACAAAGAUGACUUGAUUUCCCUAUGGACAGCACAUGGAUUUGUCAAUCCGAGGAUUGGGGGCCAACUACCAGAAGAUGUCGGAAGUGAUUACUUUGAUUCUCUUCUGAAAGUUUCUUUUCUUCAAGAUCUAGUUGAAGACCAGCAUACUGGGCAAUUAUUAUGCAAUAUGCAUGACCUUGUUCAUGAUCUCACUCGGCAAAUUUUACAGAAUGAAAUAAUCCUUACAUCAACGAAGAACACUAAUGAUCAUAGCCCAAGAUGCAUAUAUUUAUCUUUAACCUCAUGCACUGACAAGAGUAAGUUAUUUAGCAAGGUUCGUUCUCUGUAUGCUAGUGGAGAUACCUUUGCAACCAAUAAGCCAAUCAGAAAGAGUUGCUCUGUGCGCAGUGCUAUUCUAGAGGAUAUAAAUGAUACUUCUAUCCCAUUGCUCAUACCAAAGUUUGAAUAUCUUGCAUAUCUUAGAAUCUCCGGGGCCAACUGCAGAGAAAUACCAGAAGCAAUCACAGGUUGUUGGAACUUGCAAGCCCUUCAUAUCAUAUAUUGCUUUAAACUGGCGAUGUUACCCGAGUCUAUUGGAAAUCUCAAAAGGUUAAAAAUUCUAGAGUUGUCAUGGGUUGUGGCUCUUGUUAGUUUGCCUCAGUCUAUUGGUGAUUGCCAAAGUCUUGAAAGCUUGCACCUGAUUAAAUGUGGACAGCUAAGAGAAAUACCGGAGUCCAUAGCUAAAAAUGAAAUGUUACGGGUUCUUAAUAUUGUCAAUUGUUCAUAUUUGUGCCAACUGCCAUCAGAAUCUUUGGGGAUUCUACGUAACUUACGGGCUAUCAACUUAACAGGAUGUGUGAGUCUCGAAGACCUGCCCAGUUCAUUUGCUUGUGAUGAGUUACAUACUCUUAAACUCACUGGAUUGACUAGACUUAGAGUACUACCUCAGUGCAUCACUUUACUGAGUAAUCUAGAACAUCUAGACCUUGGGUACUGCAAUGAGCUAGUUGAGUUGCCUGAAGGUAUAGGGAACUUAAAGAGGCUUGAGGUUUUGAAUAUAGAAGGAUGUCGCAGUCUGUGGGGCAUGCCAGCAGGGUUUGGGAAGCUGACUCGUCUACGAAAGCUGUUUGGCUUGUUUGUUGUAGGAGAUACUGGAGAGGACGCAAGAAUAUCAGAGCUUGGGGAUCUUGACAGGUUAAGUGGUUUAUUGGAAAUUGAGGGUAUUAGGUGUGUGAAAGAUCCCUAUGAUGCAGAAAAGGCUUAUUUGAAGGGAAAGCAUGGCAUACAAAAGUUGAAGCUAAACUGGUUGUCUUGGGAGAAUUGGAUUGAGACUAGUACGGAAGAAGAUAUUGAUAUGGAACAUGAGCUGAGAGUGCUUAAUGCUCUUGAACCACCAUCUGUAAUAAAGGAGCUGGAAAUUCUUAAUUAUCAUGGUUUACAUUUACCAUGUUGGAUGACCAAUGGAAGGCAUAACUGCACAUUGGACAUAAAAUCCAAUCAAACUGUUGAUCUACCUCAUUUCCCUCAUCUAACUGGAAUGGUACUAUAUCAUUUCCCCAAGUUGAAGCAUUUGUCAAGACUUGUAGGGCUACCUUUGUUGAAGACGCUCAAGCUAAGUGAAUGUGACUCCCUUGAGAGUAUCAGCGCCGGCCCCUUCCCAUCACUCAGGGAGCUAAAUAUUUCUAAAAUGUAUCGUUUGUUGGAAUUGUCAACAAUGACAAGGAUAAUAUUGGCUGACGAUGACAGAGUAACUCAAUGCCGCAAUCAGGAAGUACAGUGUUGUUUCCCUCACCUUUCCACUCUACACAUUGAAUAUUGCCCGAAAUUGAAUGUGAAGCCUUGGUUUCCAGCAUCGCUGGAGAGUUUGACAUUAGAAAGAAGCAACGGGCAGCUGCUAUUCCCGGGCAGCUCCGUUCGUUCAGUUCAUUCUGUUGGGGACGAAUCAGAACCACAUUUCUUCAGCAAUACUAAUGGGGUCUCCUAUUCGAGCCUCCUCAAGGAACUAAGGCUACAGAGGUUGAAAGGUUCGUCGUCUGGUUCUGGCUGGGAAUCAAUAGGGCACCUCACUGCGCUGAAAUCACUAGAGAUUGAGGAAUGCAGUGAGCUGAUGCAAUUACCUGACAGCAUCGGUAACCUCUCCUCACUGCUAAGCUUGAGAAUCCUUAGUUGCGAAAAUCUGAUGGAGUUGCCGGAGGGGAUUCAGCACCUCAACUCCCUGCAAGAACUACAUAUAUUACAAUGUGGCUCCUUCCACAAGCUGCCGGAAGCAGGAAUCGGGGGCCUCCGUUCUCUUCGUAGUCUUCGUGUCGAGUUUCUGCCAGCCCUCAGCUGCCUGCCCCGAUCCAUACGGGGCCUCUCCUCGCUGACGUAUCUUCAGAUACAUUUCUGCACCGCCCUUCAUCGACUUCCUGGAGAACUCUGGGAACUCCGCUCUCUCCAAACCCUCGAGAUCUUUGGUUUGUCUGCUCUAACUUGCCUUCCCGAGUCCAUGGAGUGCCUCACCUCGAUCCGUACCAUUGACAUCGGUUCAUGUGAUGCUCUCACCGAGUUGCCAAAGUGCAUCGGACAACUCUCUACACUUCGAUCACUUCGGAUCCAUUAUUGCCGCGCCCUCCCAUCCUUGCCGUGCUCCAUACAAGACCUUUCUGCUCUACAAGAAUUGGACAUCGCUCGCAGCCCUCAUCUGGCUAGGCGUUGCAAGCAAGGAUCGGGAGAGGAUUGGCACCUCAUUUCCCAUAUACCUCACGUGAACAUAAUAAACGAUGACUAG